AGACAAAAAAAAAAAAGAAAAGAAAAAUUGUUGUCCAAGAAGACACGGCACUGUAUUCAACCCAUCAAACAAAUCCCCUUUUUCUCUCGGAUCUUGCCCGAGGAUUCGAAUCCGAUUAAACACAACCCGGUUAAUUUGGCCGUGAUUUUCUCGAACCCUCUUUAUCUGCAGCUGUUGUUGAUUGUGUGUGCGUGGGUGCAAUGACGAGAAGGUGCUCGCAUUGCAGCCAUAACGGGCACAAUUCUCGGACCUGUCCGAAUCGUGGGGUUAAGCUUUUCGGGGUCCGAUUGACUGACGGGUCGAUCCGGAAGAGUGCCAGUAUGGGUAACCUGACCCAUUAUAUGGGAGGCGGCGGCGGUAGUGGAAAUGCGACGCCGCAGAACGGGGUCGCUCAUGAAUCGCCGGCGGACACGCCGGACCACCCCUCAGCCGGUUCGGGCGCCGCCGACGGUUAUGCGUCAGAGGAUUUCGUUGCUGGGUCCUCCUCCAGCCGGGAGAGGAAGAAAGGUGUCCCAUGGACGGAAGAGGAACACAGGUUAUUUCUCAUUGGGCUGCAAAAGCUCGGUAAAGGGGACUGGCGAGGCAUUGCAAGGAACUAUGUGAUAUCGAGAACACCUACUCAAGUAGCCAGCCAUGCCCAGAAAUACUUCAUUAGACAAAGCAAUGUGUCGAGGAGGAAAAGACGGUCGAGCCUUUUUGAUAUUGUGGCCGAUGAGCCCAUUGAUUCCGUGAUGUCCCAAGAACUUUUCAAUGUGAGCUCUCAGCAAGUUGAUGCGCAAAUCAGCACGCCUCCCAUGGAGGAAGAAUGUGACGAGUCCAUGGAGGAGUCUGCAAAACCCGAAAAUGGCGAAAUCGUAAUUCCCCCACCACUAGAGGGACCCACAUACCCUUACCCCCCUCUCGUCUACCCCGCUUAUGUGGGCCCAGUCUUCCCGAUGAUGCCCGUCCAGUUCUGGCAGACCGGGCCCAAGCCCGUCAAGGAAGAAGCCCACCAAGUGGUGAAGCCCAUGGCCGUGCACACAAAAAGCCCAAUCAAAGUUGAUGAGUUAGUGGGCUUGUCCAAACUGAGCCUAGGUGAGUCCUUAGCUGAUGGUGGGCCCAACACUCUCUCUCUUAAGUUGGUCGAGGGCUCGUCAACGAGACCAUCUGCUUUCCAUGCUAGUAAUCCGGUGCCCGAUGAGUCGGGCAUUAAAUCGAGUCAUAGUCCAAUUCAUGCCCUUUAGAGAGAGAGAGGAAAAGAAUAAUAAUUAAAAGGUAGAAAAUUUGAUUGUUAUUAUUGAUUAUUGAUGUGGAUCCCAUUUAGGCUCUCUUGGAGAUAUCCCCUCUUGUUAAUAGAAGAUAUGAGGGUAUAGUGUUUAGAGUGGAUUUGUGGUAAGUUGAUGUUAUUUUUUUAUUUUGUUAGGGUUUGUGCAAUAAGGUUUGUAAUUUAAGGAGGGUUUUAUUGAAAUAUGUGACAUUAUCCAGUUAAAAAUUGCUGUUAGAUUAACGUCAAUAUUACUGUUUGAAUCGGAAA